AUUUAACAUUAACCCUGUUUAUUAGUAUAUUUAGGGUUGAUUGACUUAUUACUAUUAUUAUUGUUGGUUUGAUUGAUUGGAAUUUAAAAAAAUUAAAAAUAAAAAUUAUGGGGCACCAUUCGUGUUGCAACCAACAGAAAGUGAAGAGAGGGCUUUGGUCACCCGAGGAAGAUGAGAAGCUGAUCAGGUACAUCUCGACCCACGGGUACGGGUGCUGGAGCGAAGUCCCGGAAAAAGCAGGGCUUCAAAGAUGCGGCAAAAGUUGUCGGCUGAGAUGGAUAAAUUACCUGAGACCGGAUAUUCGAAGGGGAAGGUUCACGCCAGAGGAAGAGAAGUUGAUUAUCAACCUUCAUGGAGCUGUUGGGAACAGAUGGGCUCAUAUAGCGAGCCACUUGCCGGGGAGAACAGACAACGAGAUCAAGAACUACUGGAACUCGUGGAUCAAAAAGAAGAUAAGAAAAUCCUCCUCCACAUGCUCGCUAACAACCUCGACAAACACAAUUAAUACCUUACCGAAAUCCGACCACCAAACGACCUCAUCACAGUUCACCGCAUCGUACUCACAAAACCACCAACUCGAAUUCUUGAACCACAAUAAUCAAGAAAUCACCACAAAAUCCUCGCAACUCCAAGAAAAUUCCGCCACUAGUCUACUCCCUCUCCCGAGUCCUCGUUUCAUGUUUGAAAUCGAGGGCAUGAUGAGCUUGAACAACAACCUUAACUCCCGAAUGGAUAAUAAUAAUAACACGAUUUUACAAGAAAAUAAUCAAGAAACGUGGCAGACGAACAAGAUGAUUAGGCAUGACGAACAUCAAGCCGCCCAACAGUCGGAUAUGGUCCAAUUCACGAGCUUCGGUUUGACUCCGUUGAUGGAUAACAUUGAGAGCAUGAUGGUGCCGGUUGACCACCGACAAGUACAGAGUUUCGUGGGGCCGGGACAGGUGGCGGAGCUCGACUGCAUGGGAAGAAAUGCAGUGAUUAACGAAUGGGUCGACGCGCAAAAUUGUUCGAGUUAUUUGUUUUGGGAUCAGAUAGAAGGGCAAUUUGGAGGGGAAGAAACAAUUAUGUCAAGUGCUUCAUCAAAUGUGGGUACUAUUUUGUCAUCUUUUCCUACAUCUCUAUGA